GGACCCGACAGAGUGUACUCAGCCCUCUGUCGCCGUACCGUCUGCGCCCCCGCUGACCACCUGUCUCCCCUCCUUCCCCGCCACGACUACCGACGCGUCGAGCCAUUCGCUCAACCCGUUGCAGCAAGCUGCUUGCGACUCGCGAGGACGUUGUGUCCUCUCUUCUGGACUUGAGCAUGCUCCAAGCUCGUCAGGAGCGACUCACCCUCCAUGUCGCUGCACUGCGUCGCCUUCUUACCAUCCUCUCUGACCCUGAUCGCACCCUCCCGAUCAUCCCAGUACGACUCGGGACCUCCACGAGGGUGUACUCAGCGCUGUGGGAUUCCGGUUCUCAGGGCGACUUCAUUCACCCACGCGUGGUGAAAGAAGCCCGCUUACCCACGACAGGGUCUCCGACUCCCAUAUCCGUUACCUUAGGGGAUGACAAGACCCAACGCUUCUUCAACCAGACGGUCACCGACCUCCCUUUCUUCCUCACUCUCGAGCCGACUGAUCGUUCUUCGGCGUCUCGUCGCCACCGCUCCUCUGCACAUUUCGAUGUGAUGGAGAUGGGGUACGACUUCAUUCUCGGCACUCCGUGGUCUCGCGGGUUCCGCAGCAUCGAGGUCGAUUGGGUGACCAACACUCUCGUUCUCAAAACGAAGUGUGGACAGACGUAUCGCGUACCUUUCAUAGGUACCACCGCGACACCACGCCCGGAUCCUCCUCCCCCGGAGCCUUCCGCGCCCACACCAUCUCCUGCUAUCACUGUCACCUCGCCUCAGCAGUUCGCUCACUUCAUUCGACAGGACGAUGUCACCUUCUUUAUGGUGGACGUGACGGAUCUCUUACACUAUGAUCCACCCUGUCCCGACGCCGAGCUCAUCCCUCUGGAGCCAGAUCCUCCCUCUAUCUCCAUGGCUCCCGUCUCUACUUCCGUCCCUCCGCCGUCCGUCAAAUCCACCCCGCCGUCGCGCGCUGACGUUGACGCUGAGGAACUCGCACGAUAUACGGCUGACUUGGAGCCCGCAGUUCGUGACCUCAUCCGAGAGUACCACGACGUUUUCCCAUCGUCGUUCUCGUACGCCGGCAUCCCAYCGAUGCRUGACGUCGAGCACUCCAUUCAGCUCGUGCCUGACUAUCGUGUUCACCACCAGGCACCCUACAGACUCUCGAUCCCCGAGGCCACCGAACCCAAGCGUCARCUUGAGGAGCUCCUGAGACUGGGUUUCAUUAAACCCAGCAACUCCCCGUGGGGUGCACCYGUSCUCUUUGCUCGCAAAGCGGAUGRAACUCUUCGUCUCWRCAUCGRCUACCGCGGCCUYAACCACUACACGGUUAAGAACAACUACCCCAUGCCUCGUUCCGAUGAGCUGUUCGACCGCCUAGCAGGCAACCGCUUCUUUACGAAGAUUGAUCUUCGUCGCGGUUACCAUCAGAUCCGCGUCGCUGCAAUCGACCAGCCGAAGACCGCGUUUCGAUCGCGCUUCGGCCACUACAAUUUUACGGUGAUGCCAUUCGGCCUCACCAAUGCACCCGCCACCUUCCAGAGGGCGAUGAACGACAUCUUYAGGGACAUCCUGGAGCAGUACGUUCUCGUCUACCUCGACGAUAUUCUGGUCUACAGUCGUACCCUUGAGGAGCUCCUUAAACACCUCCGCGACGUCCUUGACCGAUUGUGCAGACAUGGCUUUUACGCCAAGCUGAGCAAGUGCCGCUUUGCCCAACACAAAGUGGAUUUCUUAGGACACUACUCCAUCUCGAUGGACUUUAUCGGUCCCCUUCAUCCUCCGACCCCUCGCGGUCAUGAUGCUAUCCUGGUCGUCGUUGACCGUUUCACGAAGCGUGCACRCUUUGUUCCGUGCCGCUAUGCCAUCAGUGCACGUGAGGUCGCCGACAUCGUGUUUGACCGAGUCGUGCGUGACCACGGCUUAUCUCUGAGCAUCAUAUCUAACCGUGACCCUCGCUUUACCAGCCGAUUCUGGCGACGGCUCCACGAGGUGUACGGCACUCAGCUACGCUUUUCCUUGUCUUACCAUCCUCAGACUGAUGGUCAGACCGAGAUCACGAACAGGACUCUCGGAGAUAUUCUCCGAAAGAUUGUUUCUGACGACUUGCAGUGGGAUCUCCAUCUUGCCCACGCGGAGAUAGCCUACAACCACGCCGUCUCGCCAGCCACGGGGAUGUCGCCUUACUAUUGCGACCUCGGCUAUCACCCGUGUGUUCCCGCGGACUUCCUUCGACCGUCCCAGCUGCACCCUGACACGAGUUGUCCCCCACUGGAUGAUUGGGUUGCACACAUGACGUCGAUCAUGAAGACCGCACAUGAGCACAUAGCCGCUUCCCAGACUCGCAUGGCAGCACGUGCGAACCGAUCGAGAAUGGAUCACCCAUUAAAAGUCGGUGAUGAUGUGCUUAUCGACGCCUACCACUUACAGCUCGAAGCGGACACGCUUCGCAAGUUUCGGCGUCGCUUCUUUGGCAUAUGCCGCAUCCUCCAGGCCGUCGGUUCUGAUACGGCUUCUAGCCCGGUCAGCUUCCGUGUGAAGCUGCCCGACUAUCUACGCCAGGCUCGAGUGCACGAUGUCUACCACGUCUCGUUACUGCGUCCUUAUCGCAGAACGUCUGAGUAUUUCGCUGGACGACCAUACGAGCGCCCUCCGCCCAUAAUGGUGGAUGACCACUAGGAGUUCCUCGUUUCAGACAUCAUUGGUCGCCGAGUCACCAAUGACAACC